AUGGACGAAACUGUAUACACGGAAGCUCGCGAUUUUCUAGACCCCAUCUACAGCAACAUCUCUUUACUGGAUGAUCGUCCGUUUAUCACGCUCACAUUUGCGCAAAGCUUGGAUGGAAAGAUAGCCAAGCAAGGACAACAAGUGCUGAUCAGUGGAAAAGAAAGUAUGGCCAUGACGCAUCGUUUGCGCACACUGCAUGAUGGCAUCUUGGUAGGCAUCGGUACUGCUUUGGUAGACAAUCCUCAAUUGAAUGCUCGUUAUUUAUCAGCAGACACUGCAAUUAAACAGCCUCAACCCAUUGUACUGGAUCCUUUCAUGAAAUUACCUACCAAUUGUAAGCUGAUCGGUAACUAUCAGCAUGGUGCAGGAGAGCAGCCUUGGUUGGUUGUUUCUGAAAAGGCUUUUGUGGAGGAGACUGACAAGAGAGUAGUGCUGGAAAAGGCAGGCGUAAAGUUCAUCCCUGUCAAGGCAUUAGAGAAUGGACGACUGCCUCUGAGCGAGGUGUUUAAAGCACUCAAGGCAAACGGUAUCCAUACCCUGAUGAUAGAAGGUGGCUCUCGUAUCAUACAAUCAUGCCUCACGGACGCAUGGGACCAGCUUAUUAUUACAACUGCACCCAUGUUCAUCGGCUCUGACGGUGUGCCAGCCAUCCAAGACAGCAACGAUAUGCCCAAGUUGAGCAAUAUCAAAUAUCAAGUCAUGGGCAGAGAUAGUGUUUUAGCAGCAACCAAAUAA